UGAUCAUGUUUGCUGCCCUUUGCCUCUGUGUAGAAUAAGAAGUCGAGGAUGUUUUGAAAUGUUCCUUGCAUAAGCAGAAGUCCCUUUUUCUCUAAAAUGAUCCGGCUGUGUGCUCGACCUCUUAACAUUGACCGUGGUAGGAGGACAGUUACAUGCCAUUUCAGAGUCUAAACAGACGGUCAGACACUCCACCUUGCUCAAGUCUGGUGAACAGGCCUCUUUCCCCAUUUCUCUGGCUCCCCGUCUUGCUACUGAUGAGUACAAUCCGGUGUCUCUCAGACAGAAGUCAAAAAAGAAAAAUUGUGGAGGAAGUCUAAGAAUGAGCAGAAGGAGAGUUUCAGUGAAAGAUCUGGACCCAGUGGACUAUCAGGGCUGGCUCUAUAGGAAAAAAGAGGGGAAGGGAUUUCUGAGUAUUAAGUGGAAAAAGUAUUGGUUUGUGCUAAAGAAAACCUCUCUGUACUGGUACACAAAUCAAGUGGCUGAAAAAGCAGAAGGCUUCAUAAAUUUGACUGAUUUUGUAAUUGACAGAGCAAUGGAAUGUAAGAAAAAAUAUGCGAUCAAAGCUUGCCACCCCAAAUUCAUGAUGUUUUACUUUGCAGCUGACAGCAAUGAGGACAUGAACUUAUGGUUAAAUAAACUUGGUCUGGCAUCUAUUCAGUAUGAACCCACGGAGGGUCAUACAGCAGAAUGCUACAGUGAGGCCAGUGAUCAUGAGGAGUCCACUGACACACCUCCUCCACCGUAUUCUGAGCACCACACCCAAGCUGUAGCAAGUGUGAUUAGUCCAUCGGCUGCUGUGCACCAGGAAAGCCUUCCUCCUCCAUAUUCCUCCCCUGUUCCUAGUGAAGCCACUGGAACCCUAUCCUCCCCCGUCAGUACAAUGACCUCCCACAGCUCUGUCUCCUCUCUGGCUAAGCAUAGACGCUCUUGGUUAGACCUUGUCUCCCAGGCAACACCUACUGCUGGGGAAACAGUGGUCUGCUCUGCUGUGGUCCAUACAAUGAAGCCCACAAUAAAGGAAACCUCACAAUGCAGGGAAAUCACUGCUCCAUCUCAAGGCCCCUUUGGAUGCUCAUCAAAAACAACACCUAUGGCAAUAUCCACAGAGCCAGAGGAACCAGAAACACUGCUGACAUCAAAUGACACCAGACCUGAAAUUCUAGAUGGACAGGAGGGAACUGAUGAUGAGAUGGAAAGAUUGUACUUGCAUUUGAAAAGAGCAAGCCUGUCCCCAACGGGUGAGUGGAAGCCAUCAUCAAAAUGGGAAUUACGAACCUCCUUUAUAAAGCGUUGCAAAAACCAGAGGCUCAAUGAGAAGAUACAUCUCAUCAGAACCCUCAACAGCACUCUAAAGGCUAAAGAAGCAGAUCUGCAGACUUUGGAGCAAGUACUGGCUGACUCCGCUCUCACUGCAAGUAAAUUCAGGGAGUGGAAAGAGACCAACACAGUUCUGCUGCAGGACUUUAUUUUAAACCACCCCCUACAGACUGAACCCCUGAACACCCCUAGAGCCUCAGAUGUGCCUCCCUCAACAUAACGGUCUUCUAUACACACCGAAAGAGUAUACACCAGAACACAAAUAAUGCAAAAAAUUUUGAGUACAUUUUUUAAUCUUGAUGUAAUUAAAACCCUCUCAAGAAAAUCUUAUCUAAGACUACCAUUACUGUCACUUGCCAUAAUUUUUCUAUUUAUUUUUUUACUGAUGUCAAAUCAGUCUGUUACAAAUGUAAAGUUGUUGUAAAAUCCUUGUUACUAACAGACACCAUUUCCAAACCUGUGAUGUCUCACUGAUGUUAAGAUACAUUAUUUUAAAUAAUUUUAGAUGUCAUGAAAAACCAAACCUGCUCAGUCAGAUAGUUAAUAUGUGAUUUUUAUUGCUGAUAUUUUUUAGUCUACAUUCAGUGCAAACGAGUUAACCUGGUAGUAAACGAAAGUGCUGUUCACGUGCAGUCUGUAUAGUUUGUCAUGUUUUCCCAACACUUUUAUUAUUGUAAAUACAUCUCUUUUGAUAUAUUUAUUGAUUAAAAGUAUGAUGCCACUGUUUUGGUAAGCAGCUUCAUAUUUCUGAAUUACAAACAUAUGAUUGCUGUUAAUAACAAAUAAUCUUAUCAUACAUCCACAUGUUUGUGUUAUUGUCACUACUGUUAAAUAAUCAAAUCUCGGUUUUUUUUUAUGUUAUUUAAAAUACCUAUUUCUGUAAAUGAAAGAUUGUUUGAUAAUUCACAAAUUCAGAACAGGAUGUGUGCAUUUACAUCACAUUUAUUAGCUUAGCUAUAUUGUCAUGAGAUUGGCAUUGCUAGUUUCAUGCUCCACUGAGCUACAGGAGGUUAAUUAGUGUUAAGAUUGAAUUCAAAACAUUAAUAAUUAUAGAAACAGUUACACAAAAAAAUGAAAGCUGAUUAAAGGUACAACUAUGUACCUUUUUUUGUUCGAAAUGUACAAAAUUUAUAUAAUGAUAUAUAAUGAACUGUGUUUUUGUCUUAUCCUGAAUUACUACGUUAAUUAUUAUACAACUAUAAUAAGUGUUUAUAAUGUUCUUCCAUAAGAUGCAUGCAGGUUUGUUUAUUAACCGCUAGAGCGCCAAAAGUUACAAAGUGUACCUUUAACCAAACGCUUAGAUUUUAAGGAGACUGAGUUGCAUUUUCACGACUGCACACUCAAACCUGUCAAACAGGGCCAUGAUUAAAAAAAAGUAUGAAAUUUUUUUCAUCAUUCAUGAUAUUCUCUAUUAUUAUUUUUAGAACUAAAUCAUUUCACUCAAAAAGAAAAAAACAGCAGUAUUUUCAUUUUACUUUGUGAGUUAAGACUUGAGUAUAAGACUUAAGAGUAUAAAUUUAAUAUUUGUUGGACAAUAAGCAAUAACUGCAAGUAAACCACCUCUAAAUUGAUAUAAGCCUUCAAAGUUCAAAGUUCAAUUUUAUUUAUAGCACAUUUACAACAGCCACUAGGCUGACCAAAGUGCUUUACAGAAGAUCAAGAUUAAAAGAAAAAUAUAACAUACAUAGAAAACAAAUCAAACAAAAAAUAAGAGCAACAUAGUUAAGAGUUACCAUAAAGCAGGAGGACCAAAAACAGAAAUCAAAACUCAGAUAUAAAUGAAUAAAUCAACCAACCAACCAACCAAAAAAAAAAAAAAAAAAAAAAAAAGAA